AAAACAUAAAAGGAAGAAGAAAAAUUCAGAAUUAAACGACAGCCCGGUGCUGACGUCCCUCAUACACUUCGUUUAUUAGAUCCCUCUUCUCGCUUUUCUCCGAUCUGGAUUACCUUUUUGCCAGGUUUUUGUUUUCUGUUUUUAAUUUAAAAAGAAAGGAUAUUUGAAUCAAAUCAGAUGGCCGCUCCACCCGCCAGAGCCCGAGCUGAUUAUGAUUAUCUCAUCAAGCUGCUGUUGAUCGGCGACAGUGGUGUGGGUAAGAGUUGCCUUCUGUUACGGUUCUCCGAUGGCUCUUUCACCACCAGUUUCAUAACCACCAUUGGUAUUGAUUUCAAGAUAAGGACCAUUGAACUUGAUGGGAAACGAAUUAAGCUACAAAUUUGGGAUACUGCUGGACAAGAACGAUUCCGAACUAUUACCACUGCUUACUACCGUGGAGCAAUGGGCAUUUUACUGGUGUAUGAUGUGACUGAUGAAUCGUCCUUUAACAACAUUAGGAAUUGGAUCAGAAACAUUGAACAACAUGCUUCUGACAAUGUUAACAAGAUAUUGGUGGGUAAUAAGGCUGACAUGGAUGAAAGCAGAAGGGCGGUACCUACCUCCAGGGGUCAAGCACUGGCUGAUGAGUAUGGAAUUAAAUUCUUCGAGACGAGUGCAAAGACAAAUAUGAAUGUGGAAGAGGUUUUCUUCUCGAUAGCCAGGGAUAUAAAGCAAAGACUUGCUGAAACUGACUCAAGGGCAGAGCCUCAAACCAUUAGGAUUACCCAACCGGACCAGACAGCAGGGGCAUCUCAAGCUAGCCAAAAAUCAGCUUGCUGUGGUUCUUGAGGGAUUCCAUUGGAAAUACGUCCUAAAACUGACCAUUUUGACGGAGGAACUAGUUUUAAUAUGACAAUAUCGAUGUUGCUCCUAUUGUUAUCCCUCAUUAUUUAUAGUUGAUUCACAAUGGGUUUCGAUGGCAGAUCUUAUCAACGUUUUAUUAGAUUUGACUCUGUUUUUGGUUAAAUGAUUUCUAAGUCAAGUGUAAAGCUCAAUACAAUCGUACAAAUAGGGGGAAAAACUUGCGUGAAGUUGUGAACACUUUAUCGUUAUAUUGUUCGAACAAUUUUAAGGUAUCGUGUUAUCCA